AGCUACGUUACGGAGCUAAUAAGCCAACGUACCGGCUUCCGGUUAGCACAUAAAGCAUUUGAAAUUAUUUUUUAAACAGCUUUUUAAUUGAAUGUUAGUGUUUAAAAAAUCAUAUUUUUAGACAACAAUUCAUUGAAAGAAGAAAACAGAAAAAGGACGUACAAGCAACAUUAUUUAACCUAUUUACGGGCACAUUUAGCCAACGCACACGCUUCCUUUUAGUACUUCCGGCUAGCUGUUGCUAAACGCUUGUGGCUCUAGGACAAUUCUGCGGAAAAAUGAUUCACGUCCCACGAAACGUCCACAGACAAGCUCUAUUACUCACUCGGGCUACGGCAUGUUCCCAACAUAAAGCGCAGGGGUCACUAAGUGACCUGUCUCAGAUUCAAAAAAGGUCCUACAGGGGCGCUUCCACUGAAGGCAUCGGCAGGUGGCGGCAUCUCCUACCUAAAGAAUUGCCCAAGAAAAAGAAAGACAAACAUCAGAUGCCCAACAUCUCGGCAGCUACAGACACAGCGUACCGUACCCUCAACGUCAACGUGUCGGGCUACGACAUGACGGCGGUGGAGCACUUCGCCCAGUACGUCCACAAGCUGUGCAAUCGACUCGGAGUUAGCGUAACAGACAGUUAUGCGCUGCCUACCCAAAGCACAGAAGUGAUGCUCAUGCAGGAGGGCGGCACCAAGAUGUACGUGGACUCGCUUCUGAAAACGCACAAACGUGUCAUUCAGUUAAACAGCCUGACAGCAACGCUCGGUCCUAUCUUGAUGGAUGUCCUCGUGAAGAACCAACCGGAGGGUGUCGACCUGUCGGUAAAUGAGCACACGGAGGCGGACUUCCUGGCCCGUUUCAAAGCUCGACCCGAGCUGGAGGGUCUCAUGGCUCAGAUGAACCAAUAAGUUCUGUGACCUUUUAUCACUGGUGUUGGUUUGUUAUGUUGAAUUGUGUAAAAUAAAAGUAUUCAUUUCCUCUUA